GACCAGGGCCAUUUCGGUAUUUGACAUGCCUAUUAAUAGAAAAGCUUUCGGCAGGAUUUUCUAGGGUUUGCGGCUCGUUGAGAGGAAACUAGGCCAGAGAAGAGACUGCUGUACCUUCGUCUUCGCCAACCAUGGGUCGUAUGCACAGUCGCGGUAAGGGUAUUUCUGCUUCAGCUCUGCCUUACAAGAGAACUCCACCCAGUUGGCUCAAGAUCUCUCCUCAGGAUGUUGAGGAGAACAUUUGCAAAUUUGCAAAAAAGGGGCUUACUCCUUCACAGAUUGGUGUCAUUCUCCGUGAUUCUCAUGGUAUUGCUCAGGUCAGGAGUGUUACUGGAAGCAAGAUUUUGCGCAUCCUCAAGGCUCAUGGUCUUGCCCCUGAAAUUCCUGAGGAUUUGUACCAUCUCAUCAAGAAGGCUGUUGCAAUUAGGAAGCAUUUGGAGAGGAACAGGAAGGAUAAGGAUUCCAAGUUUCGAUUGAUCCUUGUUGAGAGCAGGAUUCAUAGGCUUGCUCGAUACUACAAGAAAACAAAGAAGCUACCUCCUGUCUGGAAAUACGAAUCAACCACUGCCAGCACACUUGUGGCCUAGGCUAGAUAUGUUUUGCAGCGAAGUUUUUGGGAUAUGCAGAAUAGAUUUUCUACUCUCUUGAGAUCUUAUUGUUGUUCAUAACUGGUAGAAAUUCCUGUUAUGAAAAUUUGGGAGGAGGAUGUAGUGGAUUGAAGAACUUUGUUUAUGCACUAAAUGUUUGCUUGGUUUUAACUUUGGGAAUGUACUGUGUUUGCCAUUUAGAUAUAACAUUCCAAUUAGUAUUAUCUUA